AUGGCGAUAACAGAGUUGAUGGAGGCUGGUGAUAAAAGUGCGGUUGCCCCUCUCUGUCCAUUAAGUGUGUUCUAUUGCUCUGUAAUCUCUGUUGAUCUUUUCUGUCCAGUGGCAUUUUUGUAUUUAAACAAACCCAUGAAGGAUAGAAGAUUAAGAUUCAAAAUCAUCUCAAAAUCAUCAAAACCAUCUUCCUCAUCAAUCAAUUCACCUCUUCUUACUUCUUCUAGAUUUCAUCUUGGUAAGAACUCAGCUAGAGUAUCAGUUUCAAUUCUAUUUGGUGUGAAUUCAGCAAUUGGGUAUUUGUUGAUGUUAUCAAUCAUGUCAUUUAAUGGUGGGGUGUUUAUUGCUGUUGUUUUUGGUCUUACUGUUGGGUAUUUUGUGUUCAGAAGUGGUAGUGAUGAUGAUGAGGUUAUGGCUUUGGAUAAUCCUUGUGCUUGUUCUUGA